CGCCAUCCCCACCCGCAGCCAAUCGGGGAAGGAGCCACGCUCCGGCCGGCCAAUAGGGAGGCAGCCAAGGCCCUGCGGGCGGGCCCCCGGGAGCCCUUUAGGACCCGGGGGUGCCCGGCGGUCCGCCCGGCCGCCCAAACUAGAUCCGCGGGCCGGGUGCCCGAGCGCCGGUUAUGGACCCGGGAGGACCCGUCCGCUGCGGGGCCCCCGGGGCCGCCUCGCCCGCGCCGCCACCGUUCGCGCGCAUCGCCCCGUCACUUUUCCUCGGGAGUGCGCGCACCGCGGCCGCGCCAGAGCUGCUGGAGCGCGCGGGCGUCAGCCUGUGCGUCAACGUCUCGCGUCAGCAGCCCGGCCCGAGCGCGCCCGGCGUGGCCGAGCUGCGCGUGCCCGUGUUCGACGACCCGGCCGAGGACCUGCUGACGCACCUGGAGCCCACCUGCGCCGCCAUGGAGGCCGCGGUGCGCGCCGGCGGCGCCUGCCUAGUCUACUGCAAGAACGGCCGCAGCCGUUCGGCCGCCGUGUGCACCGCCUACCUCAUGCGGCACCGCGGCCUCAGCCUGGCGCAGGCCUUCCAGGCGGUGAAGAGCGCCCGCCCGGUGGCCGAGCCCAACCCGGGUUUUUGGGCUCAGCUUCAGAAGUACGAGGAGGUCCUGCAGUCCCUGUCCCGCCCGCCCGGGGAGCCCUCGGGACCGUGCUCCCGAACGAGAGAAGAGCUCCAGAAUGAGCCCUAGUCCUACAACCCUUGGAGAUGACCCGGCGCCCAAAGCAGGGCGCAUGGACUUGAAGGUAGUUCAAGCGCUGCCUGGAGGAUGAUCUUCCUCCUCCCUUCCCUUCUUCCUCGUUGUCUACAGAGUUUACAUUUCACCUUAAAUGCAGAUCUUGUGCCCUUUGACGGUACUGCAGGAGCGUAUCCACUUAGGAAGGGACUGAGAGCAUCCCUUCCUUAGGUUUAUCAACAGGGCUUGGUCAGGAAAGUCAAUACCACUUGAGGAAUUUUAGGCAGGAAGGUAUUUAAUACAGAGAGCAAGGCCAGGGAGCCAAGGUCAGGAGAUGGGAAGUACAGGAGUCCUGGAGACCCAACCCCCCACCCCCGCCCUGACUGCCUGCCACCUGUUAAGGCCACAGGGGCUUUUCCCAAACCUCAUGCUGGUCCCAUCUUGGAAUCCGGCACGGGACCCAGACUUGUAGUUUCUACCAUACACAGGCCAGGAUGUGAGGCUGCGUGACAGCCCAGCACGGGCACCCUUGGGGCUCUGGGCGCCUGUGCCCACCUCCUGUCUUACAGCCUAACAUCCUGCGGCCACCAUCAUCUCAAAGACGCACUGGCCACCUGUGCAUCUGAGUGUGUUGAUUUCCUCUUUUGGUUCAGACACCCCUCACCUGGUUCCUAUGGCCUAAAGACUGUAGAAAAUGAAUCACCAUAGGGCGCCUGCGUGACUUAGUUAAGCGUCUGACUCGUGGUUUCAGCUGAGGUCAUGAUCUCACAGCUUGUGAAUUUGAGCCCCGUGUCAGGCUCUCUGCUGACAGUGUGGAGUCUGCUUGGGAUUCUCUCUCUCCCUCUCUUUCUGCCCCUCCCCUGCUCACUCACUCUUUCUCCUCGCUCAGGAUAAAUAAACUUAAAAAAAAUUAAUCACCAUCGACACUCCUUAAAUAGGAAAGGGAAAGAAGAAAAAGGGGAAACUGGGUUAUAACGCGAGUUACAAAGAAUACAGUCCCUGGUAAAUAUACGCUACUGUAUACAUAAUAAGGUAAUUAAUAAAACAUCACAAUCAGUUUUUAACUGA